AUGCACCCCACCGGCGCGGCCAGUCUGCCCGCCGCACCAGAGGCGGAGGUGCAAGCUAUGCACUCGAUGGACUGGCUCUUCAAGAAGGAAAGGAUAUAUCUCCUAGCGCAGUUCUGGCAACAGCGAGCUACCCUGGCGGAAAAAGAGGUGACUACACUUAAAGAACAGCUAGCCACCACCAGCCCCACGCCACUUCAAGCCGCUGUCCCAAAGACCAAUGGGUCAAUAGAACCCCUUAGAGACACAGAAACAAGGAUACCAGAGCAUUUCAGCCCAGAUAUCAAAGAAGAGAAGCGAAGAUCGCCAGAUAUUGAUGAGGAUAUAGAGCAGAAAAUAGAAAUGGCGGCUACCGCAAGGAGCAAUAGUAACUCUUCGAGGAGCAGCCCCGUUGUUAACCAGACUAGCAAUCUGGAGAACGAAUUAGCUGCUAAAGAAAAAGAGAUUGCCCAGUUAGUUGAAGACGUGAGGCGACUUCAGGCAUCGCUAUCGGCAUUACAGGAAGCGCACGCGCAACAAUUACAAAGGCUGGAGGAGAGGUUGGAUGAGAAGAAGCAGCACAUAGCCAGGCUGGAAGCUAGACUCGAUACACAGCGGGACUACGAUGAUAUUAAGCGGGAGAUCAGCAUGCUCCGAUUCUCGGAGCUAGCUCCUGAGCGCCCACACACAAUACCACCACCGAAAGACAUUUUCGGAAACCAGAAUCAUUUACUCCGUUCUAUGGAGAUAGCGGAGCGCGAACGAAAAACUGAACCCCUACGUUCGCCAGCUCAACCUUCACGCGACGAACGCAGCUCCGCAGAAAGAGAAAGAAGCACAGAGCGAAGAGAAACAGGUGCUGAAGAUUGGCCGUCAACGCCGCCACCGCUCAACAACAACACAACACAUCACAACAACAACGGCCCGGUACCUCUACCGCUACCGCCCCCGAGCCCGUUCCGCUUCGACGAGCACAGGCCUUACCGGUUCGCUGAAGACAUGGGCCCUUUACCACCUGGAGCGCUAGUCGGACGACUGGGCGACUCGCUGAUACCCAAGGGCGACCCGAUGGAAGCGCGAUUGCAAGAGAUGCUAAGAUACAACAUGGACAAAUAUGCGAAUUCCAAUCUGGACACCUUGCACAUCAGCAGACGUGUUAGAGAACUGCUCUCGGUGCACAAUAUUGGCCAGAGGCUCUUCGCGAAAUACGUACUGGGGCUCUCCCAAGGCACUGUAUCAGAACUGCUGUCGAAACCGAAGCCCUGGGACAAAUUGACCGAGAAGGGCCGGGAUUCCUACAGGAAGAUGCACGCGUGGGCAUGUGACGAGGCCGCCAUAAUGCUCCUGAAGUCACUUAUCCCUAAAAAAGUGGGAACAAAAGAUGGUACUGCGGGCGGUGGUUUUGGGAGAUCAGACGGCGAGGGUGACGAGAGGUUGGCUCAUAUUCUCACGGAAGCAUCACAUAUGAUAAAGACACCGACGGGGCAGCAAAAUAAUGAUGAUUCAAGCACAUUAAUGAGCAAUGAGGAUUCUAGCUCGCCACGCACACAAUGCCCUUCGCCGUUCUCGAAUAAGGAUUCGAGUCAAAACAGAAGGCUGAAAAAGUAUGAAAACGAUGACAUUCCCCAAGAAAAAGUCGUUCGCAUAUAUCAAGAGGAAUUGGCGAAAAUAAUGACCAGACGAGAGGAUAUGCGGCACAAUCGGGAAGGGUUUCCAGGAAUGUUUCCUCCGUUUUUCAGUGGUGGAAUGCCCCCACACAUGGAGCGACCCCCCGAAGACAUCCGAAUGGCGCUGGAAGCUUACCACAGGGAACUAGCCAAGCUCCAAUCCAGUGGGAAUAUUCCACUCCACAACCUACCUGGAAUGCCGCCCUUCCCGAAUCUCAUCGCCCUCCAGCAGAUGCAGCAGACCCACAUAAACGGAUCGGGAGCGGUCCAAGACCUUUCUCUUCCUAAAGACAAAAAUGCCAAAAUCAACGGAUUGACUGAUAGUGAUAAGGACAAAAUGGACGCGGAAGAAGCGAUCCGACACGCAGGAAGCGCUUUCUCAUUAGUUAGGCCGAAGCUAGAACCGGGACAGCAAUCUACAGGAUCCUCGGCGUCUAGCCCACUCGGCAACGCAAUCCUCCCUCCGGCUAUAACGCCCAAUGAAGAUUUCAAUAGCUCAGCAGCAGCUAGCCCUUUGCAAAGAAUGGCAUCUAUCACCAACAGCCUGAUCUCUCAACCCCCAAAUCCUCCUCAUCACGCGCCUCAGCAGCGAUCUAUGAAAGCUGUGCUUCCGCCAAUUACUCAACAACAAUUCGAUCUCUUUAACAAUCUCAACACAGAAGACAUAGUGAAACGAGUGAAAGAAGCGCUGAGCCAGUACUCAAUUAGUCAGAGAUUAUUCGGAGAGUCUGUGUUGGGCUUGUCCCAAGGAUCUGUUAGUGAUCUGCUAGCGAGACCAAAGCCAUGGCACAUGUUAACACAGAAAGGACGGGAACCCUUCAUUCGUAUGAAGAUGUUCUUGGAAGACGACAACGCUGUUCACAAACUUGUUGCAUCGCAGUACAAGAUCGCGCCUGAAAAGCUCAUGAGGACUGGAAAUUAUAGCGGAGCACCUGUAUGUCCGCCAAAUAUGAGUAAGCCGAUGCCGCCUACGCAAAAGAUGAUAUCUGACGCAACAUCCCUCCUCAGCAAGAUGCAACAGGAACAACUAUUAGGUCCUCACCUCCCUCAUUUACCCCCUGGACCACUUCUUCUGACUCCACCGGGCUUCCCUCCUCACCACGCUGUUACACUUCCACCGCAGCAUCACGACAACAACAAGGAACGAAAACCCCCACCACCGCCGCAGCAUCAUCAACAAAUGCGAGGUCUUCAUCAGCAUAUGUCACCGAGUGUAUAUGAAAUGGCUGCAUUGACACAAGAUCUAGAUACCCAAACCAUCACCACCAAAAUUAAAGAAGCUCUAUUAGCCAAUAAUAUUGGACAGAAAAUUUUCGGUGAAGCUGUAUUAGGACUUUCACAGGGUUCUGUUAGUGAACUCCUAUCUAAACCGAAACCCUGGCAUAUGCUUAGUAUAAAAGGCCGAGAACCGUUUAUCAGAAUGCAGUUGUGGCUUAGCGAUGCGCAUAAUAUCGACAGACUACAAGCGUUGAAGAACGAGAGGCGCGAAGCUAAUAAGAGAAGACGAUCAAGCGGACCGGGACAAGAUAACUCUUCAGACACAUCUUCUAAUGACACAUCCGAGUUUUACCACUCCAGUUCACCUGGCCCAACAUCUGGCGUCCCUUCAGCUAAGAAGCAACGUGUAUUGUUCUCUGAGGAACAGAAAGAAGCGUUAAGGCUGGCGUUUGCUUUAGAUCCAUAUCCGAAUAUGCCGACAAUAGAAUUCUUAGCUGCUGAAUUGGGGCUUUCAACGCGUACCAUUACGAACUGGUUUCACAACCAUCGAAUGCGCUUGAAGCAACAAGCGCCUCACGGACUUCCCGCUGAACCUCCGGCACGGGAUCAGUCCUCCGCGCCGUUUGACCCAGUUCAAUUCAGACUCCUGCUGAAUCAGAGGCUACUAGAACUACAAAAAGAAAGAAUGGGCUUAGCGGGUGUUCCCUUGCCAUAUCCGCCCUACUUUGCAGCUAACUCCAAUUUUGCAGCAUUGAUUGGGCGAGGAUUAUUACCACCUGAAGAUCAAAAGGACACAGCGAGCGGUCUCGAUUUAUCUAUGCCACUAAAACGAGAACCAGACGCAGAUGAUUUCGAAGAUGAUGAUGUUGAAAGCAAUUUAGGGUCGGAGGAUUCCCUCGAUGAUGAAUCGAAAAACGAGCCAAAAGCUGCAUCUACACCGGCGAGGUCGAGUCGACGAAAGCCCGCGGCACCUCAAUGGGUGAACCCUGACUGGCAAGAUGAGAAACCUCGAAACCCUGAUGAAGUGAUUAUAAACGGGGUAUGUGUCAUGAGAAGUGAUGACUUCAGGAGGGAAGCGGAAGAGACGGUCCGUAUAGAGCCUUCUCCUGCGCCACGUGAGACUUCACCCGCCGUAGCACCAUCCCCCUUGACUAGAACGCCUCCCGAAGUUCUCCCAGAGGAGAAAAUUAAAACAGAAACAGAAGACGACCGGUGGGAGUAUUAG